UCUCUCUCUCUCUCUCUGCAUGAUCCACCUCUUCUUCGCCACCUCUUCAUCAACGCGCCAUGGUCGAAUCAGCCAUGCUUCAGAUCCGCGUGCUUGCGGUGGACUAUAUCCUCUCCCCGUGCUCAUCCCCGGAGCCGGUGGCCGCGGAGGUAUGUUCCUCUGCCUCGAGCGCCGGCCGUUUGCCCGUGGUCCGACUAUUUGGCCGGGUGAUGGGCCUCCGUGAUGUGCGCCAAUCGCCCGACGACCCACCCUCGUCGACCGAUCCAGUGCUGGGAGCCAGCAUCUGCAUCCUUGUGCACGGGUAUUUGCCCUACUUCUAUGUUCCCUACGAAAUGCCCGGGAGUGGUGCCCCCGCCGAGGAGGAGCCCAGCAUCUUGGACAGCGAUGCCACACACCGGCACAUUGGUGAAUUCAUGCAUACAUGCAAUGAGGCCAUGCGGGCCCUUGCCACCCGACAGCAGGGCCCCGCUGGGCGCCGGUCCUCGGCCGAGCCACUGCCCGCUGUGCAUGCUGUUCACAUCGUCCGAGGCUUCUCCUUCUAUGGGUUUCAUCAUCGGGCAAGCCUGUUCAUGAAGAUCUUCAUGGUGGACCCGCGCCUGGUUGCCGGCUUAGCGGUGUUGCUCAGCAGCGGGGCAAUCCCGCCCGGCCGGAUGCAACCUUUUGAGGCACACAUGGAUUUUGUGUCGCGCUUCCACUUGGACGCCAGCAUCGCCGGCGGGGGCCCGGUCGAGUUCCCCCUUCGCCGCUUGCAAAUCCGUCGUGGCGGCGACCUGGUCAAGCGGCCCGGUGCCCGGCGGUCCCCCUGGCGCCCCGAGACACACUGCGCUUUGGAGAUGGAUUGUUGGUUUGGCGAUAUCCACCCGGUGGCGAUGGAAAUCGUCUCCGCACAGCCGAUAGGCACCGGCGGCCGAUUGGAGCCCGGAUCUGCCACGCCCACACAGCGCCUGUCCGGAGCCGAGCGCCAUGCCGUUGGCCAGCGCUGGCAUGGGAGCCGCCCUCCGGAGGCCAGCCAGCUGUUGCGCGACCUGCUAAAGCCCGGGGCCGAGCAUGCCGGCGAGGAGGAGCAGCCGGCGGCCUCCCUGCGGCUGCCGGAAAGCCCAUGCAUGUCAGACACGUCGCAAUCGCAGCUCGAAGACACUUUUGCCGGUGGCGGGCCCAACUCCGGGCCUGGGCCUUCGUCAACAAUGUCAGCAUCAUUCGCCGGAUCCAUGCCGGCGACCCCCUUUGCUCCCGGGUGCCCUGGUCGGCCCGGGCAGGUCCUCUUCACGGUGGAGGCUUCGGCCCCGAAGUCGGCGGCCCCAAGCUCCAUGGUGGACAUGGCCGCUGUGGCCCGGGUCCAUGAGGGGCUCAGUCAAUCGGUUCGGCAGCCGGUCGAUUCGACUGGGAUCCCGCCAAACGAGCUGAGCCAGGUUGAGGUGAUGUCCCUGCUCGACGCGCUGACCUGCCUGCUGGGGACGGCUGACGGUGGGACUUCCCUCCCUUUUGCGAGCGUCAGCAGCACUUCCUCCAGGAGCCCGACCGAGCGCCUAUCCCCGUCGACUGGGCAAGCGGGCGCGAUCGCCCUGCCGGUGCUUGCGCCAACCCGUCGUGCGAUCCAACAUCCGACACCAGCCACGGCCCUUUUGCCCGUGGCCACUAGCCAGCCCAGCCCCGUCGCUGUCGAUGGAUGCCUCCCUCCGGCACACUACUUUUCAGACGCCCGCGAUCAGGCAGCAACACGCCGCCUGGGGCCGCUUUUGCCCUUCCACCAGCGGCAGCGACACCCCAUCUGCCCAAGGAGAUAUCCGGCCGCCAUUGGACGAUCGCCGGCGGUCCUGGCCCUGCCGCGACGUGGGCUUGCUCGCCGGCACCCAGUCCCGGCAUCGUCCUCUGGGCCUCGCGCUGCCAUGGCACCGAGCCUGGCUGCUCGUGCUGACACCCUGUCGCGCUCCUUUCGGUGGAUCGAUCCGCUUGUGUCGGCACUUGCCGCGCGGUCUGCCUCCGAUGCCGGCUUGGCUGCUGUCCCGGGCACAUCCCCGGCCGAUGGCCCGGCGACGGGGGCUCUCCUUGUGGACACGGCCACCGGUUGCCUGUUGGUCAAUGUGGAGAUCAUUGUCGACAUGCGAGAUUCCCCCCCCGGCCAACACAUCGCUCCGGAUCCGCACAUCCAUCGGCUCCGGGGGUUUCUGGUCACAGCGGUCGGCUGCUCACUCGUGGCCCCGGCCCGAUCGAUGGGCGACACACCGAUAUCCUCGGUGUUGCUGGCGGAUGACCUGGCCGCCGCACAGUGCGUCAAUCUCCGGCCAGCACACCCGCACCACGGGCUGGCCUUCCGUCUUGUGCGCCCGACGCCGGCGCUGACGGCCGAUCAGGUGGAAGUGCACCUGCUCCGGGGAUUUGUGGCACAUAUCCGCCAGCUGGAUCCCGACUUGUUGUGCUUCUUCGGCGACCGAGUCCAGAUGCUGGGCCCCGGGGCCGGUUUUGGCUGGGCAUGUGAGCGAGCCUGGGCACGCUUCGGGCUUAAUCUACCGAAUGAGCUGGCUCGCGGGCCGGCCGGGCCAGUUUCACAAACCCCCCUGCCCUGGUCUUCCCCAAUGCCGGGGGCCCAGCGCGUGCCUUUCCCCCGCCUGGCCGAUGUCCGGGUGGCCGGGCGUCUGCUGCUGGACGUGCAGCGCCUGGUGGCUCGAGAUACCGACCGCCUGGCGCUGCGUGAUUACUCCCUCUCAGCGGCCACAUUGCAUCAUCUCUCCGUCCGCUUGCCCGCCCUGCCGCCAUGGGUUCUGUGUCGCCUGCCGCUGGCAGCCGCUGGGGCGGCCCUGCUCCAGCGCUCACACGCCGUCGUGGCUCUCCUCCUGAUGACCGGGGCAUUGUCCGAUGCGGCGGAGCUGGCUCGGACCCUUGGCACCCCGCUGGCCGCCAUGUGCCAGCAUACCCCACGCGGGUCCCAAUAUCGGGUGGAGGCUGUCCUGACCCGGGCCAUGCGCAUGGUCCCGCCGCGCAGCCCGCCCACUGGUCUGGCCACCGAGCCCCCGGCCUCGGAAGGGUACCUGAUGCCGACCUUCCGACUGGCCGAUGUGCGGCGACUGAGAGCCCCGGAUGCCGGGCCGUUGGUUCUGCUGCCGGCUCGGCGGCUGUUUUCCUUUUCCCCGGUCAGGGCGAACCUGCCCACAGGGGCGGACCUCGCCACACCGGCGCAUCCUCCCUCUUCCAGUGAUGAGGACACCGAUGAGGAUGGGCGGGAAUCCAAGGGAGUCCGAACUCCCGGCACCAUGCCGCCCGUGAUAGAUUCCACCCGGUGGGAUGAUGCCCCGGUGGCGGUGUUGGACUUCCGCAGUCUCUAUCCCUCAGUGGCCAUUGCUUAUAAUUACUGUUACUCCACAUGUCUCGGACGCCUGGAUGACCUUCCGAAGCCCCUGAGCCAGGAGCCCACUGAGAUUGCCUUUGGCUGCGGGACCUUGCGCACCCCGCCACCGGGCCUUCUCCGGGACCUGAUGGAUGCCGGGGCUCUGCACAUUUCGCCGACCGGUGUCCUGUUUGCAGCGCCGGCCUACCGUCGCGGGGUGCUGCCUGUCCUGCUGGCAUCAUUGCUGCAGGCACGUCAGCGCGUCCGGCGGCGAAUGCGAGUCGCCCCGGGGCCGGAGUACGCACGGCUUGACGCGCGCCAGCGUGCCCUCAAGAUGGUGGCCAACUUGGUGUACGGAUACACCGGGGCCCGAGCCACCGGCCGGGCUCCCUGUACCGAUGUGGCCGAUGCCAUUGUCGGCGCCGGUCGCUGGCACCUGGACACCCUGGUCGGGCAAUUGCCGGGGCGCUUCCCCGAGGCGCGGGUCCUCUAUGGGGAUACGGACUCGGUGUUUGUGCUGGCCGGCGGCGGCCCCGCAGGCGGGAGCCCGGCUGCUCGCCUUCGGCGCGCCAUGCGCCUCGGUGCUCGGAUUGAGGCCCGCGUGUCGCGCGAGCUUCCCGCCCCCAUGCGCUUGGUUCAUGAAAAGGUAUACUGGCCAUGUGCGCUGGUGGCGCGCAAGCGGUAUGCUGGUCGACGCUUUGAUCCGGGCCCCCCAUCGGCCACCGACGGCACCUCCGGCCUGCCAGCAGGCAGCCUGGAAAGCCGCGGCCUGGAGACCAUCCGCCGGGAUGCCUGUCCGGCCGCGGGGCGCAUCUUGCAUACGGUUCUGUGCUGGUUGUUUGCCAUGCCCAAUGACGGGGGCUUCACUGGAGCCGCCAUUGCCGGGGUGCCGGCUUGCGCCUCGGCCCCGCUGCGGAUGUGCCCCACUUGCGAUCUUCCCCUGAAGCCGGUCUUCGGGCGGGUGUUGCCCCCGGUGGUGGCUUAUUGGUGUGUUUGUGCCACCGGCCCGGGCGGCGCCGGCCAGCUGGACUUGUCCGACCUCCGGCGCUUGGUGGCCGAGGAGCUGACCCGCCUGGCGGGCUUCGCACGGAGUCCCCGGCAAUCCGGCUACUCGCUGCAUGACUUCUCCCUUGCCCAGCGGCUUCGUCCCGGCCGGGCUGGCGCCUGUCGUCUUCCGGGCCCCAGCUCGGCGGCCAGACAGCGCCUCCUGGCGGCAGAUCCACGGGCGGCUCCCGCAUUGGGGGAUCGCUUUCCCGUGGUCAUUCUCCGAGCCCCGGGGCCCGGGUCUCCGCGGGACUUUGCCCGGCUGUAUGGCACUUCCUCGGCCCCCGGUCGUCGAGGGGACUUGCCCUUGGCCGCCGGGCCGAUUGCCAGCCGGGCCAUGCCCCUUGACCGGGCGCUGCGGCAUGCCGACCACUUCGGGGGUGUGGACAUGACCUACUACAUUGAGCGGUGCCUCCUGCCGCCUUUGGCCCGGAUUCUGUCGCUGGUGGGUGUCGGUGCGUGCCUUUCGGCCGCCAGCGGCCUUCUGUUUGUUUGUUGCAUGGUGCUGAGACAUUUCGAUGCAGACAUAUUUGCGUGGUACUCGGCCGUGCCGCGCCCGGUGGUGCUGGCGCCGCCGGUUGGCCAGGCACGCCGCCAGGGCACCCCGGGCCAGCGGCCAUUGAUGCAUUCGGUGCUGGCCUUCAUCGCGACUGGCCAGUGUGCGGGUGGCUGCGGGGAGACCACCACCACCGCUCGAGGUCUUUGUGGUAGUUGUAGCCCGGGCGCACCCGGCUCGGCCGGGCGCCAGCUCCGCGCGGCCAGCCGCUAUGCAAUGGCACAGCGCCGGGCAGAUCGUGUGGCAGCCGAAUUCCGCACCGCACAGGCUCGCUGCCGAGAUUGCAUGGGGCUUUGUUUGUCACCCUCACAGGAGGCGCGCCUGUUCAUGGGCGGACUGCUCCAGGAGGAGAUGCGCAUCCCUUCGGCCGGUCGACGUCCAUGGGUUGACCUGGCUUGCGAGGCUGAGGCCCAGCCGGGCCGGCCGGUGCCCCUGAUGUCGUCACCGGCCAGCGUGCCUGGCUUGAUUGAAUGCCUCAACACCGAGUGCGCCUUUCUCUACGAGGCACAGGCCCUCCUGGACCAAUUGCAAGACAGCCUCGAUCGGGCGAGAGAGCUGUGGCGCUGCGCAGCUGCAUUUGAGGUGGCCUAGGCCCCAGUGGAGGAGGCCCUUCUUCUGCCAGGGGGGGGGGGUCCCCUUGGCCGGGGAAGCAGGUGGGUCUUCGGAAAAUCUAGGGGUGUAUUGUCCCUCCUUUGUCAAGGGGAAAAUGAUGCCACCACAGAGCGGGCUACAACAGGAUGGGGCGCCAGCUCAAUGCCACGCAUACACACACACAUAGACACACGCAGGCACACACAUACACACACACACAC